AUGAAAAUCAUCGUAAUUACAGCUAUUAUUGCAAUUUUGGCUUUCGCCACCCUUUCUUCCUCUUUAGUUAUUAGACAAGAAAAUUCAGAUGAUAUUGCCACAAUUCGUAAAGCUAAUGCUGAUGAAGCCGAAAAAUUACAAGAGGAAUUCGCAUCAUUUACCCCGGAUAAAGAUUGUCAAGUUAAUGAUUUAGCCUGUAUUAAUAAAGAUUUUGCUAUGUGUGCUCCAACAAUAGAAGAUGGCAAAGUUGUCAAUAAAUUCGUACUUUUCCCUUGUGGUACUACUUUGGAAUGUUUCGCAUUACCUUUAGUUCUUAAACGUGGCACUUCCAUCACUUGUACAACACCAAAAGACCGUGAAGACCGUCUUUUCCAAGCACGCAAUAACUUAUAAGUGUUAAUAAACAAUAACCUACUAUAAUAAAUAUAAUGUAUUAAAUAUCUUGAAUUUUAAUCAUAAUUUUACUUAAAUUUAUUCUAUGUUGCAAGCAUCAUAAAAUAAAGUAUAACUUUCA